GCAGGCAGUGCGGCCCGAGGGGCGGGACUCCUACUUCCCAGCAGGCUCCAGGCGGCGGGCGCCGCGGUGCCUUGUGUGGGAUGCCGCCGCCCGCCGCCAUGGGGCUGAAGGCCGCCCAGAAGACUCUGUUCCCGCUGCGCUCCAUCGACGACGUGGUGCGCCUGUUCGCUGCUGAGCUGGGCCGAGAGGAGCCGGAUCUGGUACUCCUCUCCUUGGUACUGGGUUUCGUGGAGCAUUUCCUGGCUGUCAACCGUGUCAUCCCCACCAAUGUGCCCGAGCUCACCUUCCAGCCCAGCCCCGCGCCCGACCCUCCCGGCGGCCUCACCUACUUCCCCGUGGCUGACCUGUCCAUCAUCGCUGCCCUCUAUGCCCGUUUCACCGCUCAGAUCCGCGGUGCCGUUGACCUGUCCCUUUACCCGCGAGAGGGGGGCGUCUCCAGCCGCGAGCUGGUGAAGAAGGUCUCUGAUGUCAUAUGGAACAGCCUCAGCCGCUCCUACUUCAAGGACCGGGCCCACAUCCAGUCCCUCUUCAGCUUCAUCACAGGCACUAAACUGGACAGCUCAGGUGUGGCCUUUGCUGUGGUGGGGGCCUGCCAGGCCCUGGGACUCCGGGAUGUUCACCUGGCCCUGUCUGAGGAUCAUGCCUGGGUAGUGUUCGGACCCAAUGGGGAGCAGACAGCUGAGGUCACUUGGCAUGGCAAAGGCAAUGAGGACCGCAGGGGCCAGACAGUCAAUGCAGGUGUGGCUGAGCGGAGCUGGCUAUACUUGAAAGGAUCAUACAUGCGCUGUGACCGUAAGAUGGAGGUGGCAUUCAUGGUGUGUGCCAUCAACCCUUCCAUUGACCUGCACACAGACUCCCUGGAGCUGCUGCAGCUUCAGCAGAAGCUGCUCUGGCUGCUCUAUGACCGGGGACAUCUGGAAAGGUACCCCAUGGCACUAGGGAACCUGGCAGAUCUAGAGGAGCUGGAGCCUACCCCUGGCCGGCCAGACCCACUCACCCUCUACCACAAGGGCAUUGCCUCAGCCAAGACUUACUACCGCGAUGAGCAUAUCUACCCCUACAUGUACCUGGCUGGCUACCACUGCCGUAACCGCAACGUGCGCGAAGCCCUGCAGGCCUGGGCGGACACAGCCACUGUCAUCCAGGACUACAACUACUGCCGGGAAGAUGAGGAGAUCUACAAGGAAUUCUUUGAAGUGGCCAAUGACGUCAUCCCCAACCUGCUGAAGGAGGCUGCCAGCUUGCUGGAGGCAGGCGAGGAGCGGCCAGGAGAGCAGACCCAGGGCACCCAGAGCCAGGGCUCCGCCCUCCAGGACCCGGAGUGCUUCGCCCACUUGCUGCGUUUCUACGAUGGCAUCUGCAAAUGGGAGGAGGGCAGCCCUACUCCAGUGCUGCACGUGGGCUGGGCCACCUUCCUUGUGCAGUCCCUAGGCCGAUUCGAGGGACAGGUGCGGCAGAAGGUGCACAUAGUGAGCCGGGAUGCUGAGGCCACCGAGGCAGAGGAGCCGUGGGGAGAGGAAGCACGGGAAGGCCGGCGGCGGGGUCCGAGGCGGGAGUCUAAGCCAGAGGAGCCGCCGCCUCCCAAGAAGCCCGCGCUGGACAAGGGCCCUGGCUCCGGCCAGGGUGCGGGGUCAGGACCCCCCCGGAAGCCUCCAGGGACGGUCCUGGGCACUGCCCGGGGUCCUGAAGGUGGCAACGCGGCUCAGGCUCCAGCGCCUGCCGCAUCGCCACCACCGGAGGGCCCGGUGCUCACUUUCCAGAGUGAGAAGAUGAAGGGCAUGAAGGAGCUCCUGGUGGCCACCAAGAUCAACUCCAGCGCCAUCAAGCUGCAGCUCACGGCGCAGUCGCAAGUGCAGAUGAAGAAGCAGAAGGUGUCCACGCCCAGCGACUACACGCUGUCUUUCCUCAAGCGGCAGCGCAAGGGGCUCUGAACCGCCAACCGCACAGAGCCCAGCCCCGCCUUCCGUCCGCGGGAGCCCAGGCUCCGCCCACAGCCCCCGGAGGCCUAGGUCCCGCCUCCCGCCGCCCGCCCGCGGCCAGGCCCCACCCCCACCCCCACCCGGAACUUCUCGUCCCGGAUUCAUGGACUAUGUUCCCCGACCCUGAGCCUGCGAUUAGCUCCGACUCAGACUCCCGGGCCUUGGCUCGGUCCUCAGAAUAUACCUCCCAUGUCCUCGCACCCCAGCUGGCCGAUGAGAACCUCACCGUGGGUCGGGGCACCAAUCUUUAAAGGUCCAACCCCUGGACACUCGGAACCAAAGCACCAAUCCUAGGCCAGACCUGUGCUUUCUCCCACUUGGGGGCUGAGGUUUCGCUCUAAUCCGGGGAGCACAGAUCUGACUUCAAGCUUGGGAACCGAGGACCCCACUUGGCUCCUUGGGGCACAUUUCCACACUUAAGAAUUCCAUCCCUUGGGACUCCAAGCUCCCUACCCCUAAAAACUUAAGUCCUUCUGCUGGAAUGUGGAAAUCCUUUCCCUAUCCCAAGAGGGCUCCGUCCCCAGCCUGUGUGAAUCCUGAGCCCCGCCCCCUUCCUGACCAAACUGGCCCCAGAUCAGAGCUGGACCUCUCCCCCCCGACCCCCCGACCCUCUGGGAACCUCCCCAAAGUCCAGCCUAUCUGCAGGGAGGAAAUCUGCAGGGGGUUGGGACUGGAUGA